AUGGGAACGCCGGAAACGGGAAAAGAUACUGAGAUGGUGAGCUCAAUCGCCGGUCGCCCACCUGACAAACCUCCGGACUCGCCGUUGAUCUUCAAAGGUACGAAGCCCUCCUUCAGAGACAUCACACUUCUUUCGAAGCCGCUCCCUCCUCCGCCCCAAAAACGAGAUCUGUUCAAAGAAAACCUAGCUAAGAUUAAUCUGAUCGACAAUGACCGAUUGAAGCCAGUCUUGGAGCUAGACCCGGAUUAUUAUGCUGCGGUGUGCCGUCCAUAUGAAGAUGGGCUUGUGGUUCGAUUAUUAGGGAAAAGAGUUUCCUUCUUUUACAUGAGAGAGGGGCUCAAGAGACUGUGGAAGCCUCACGGGCAUCUAGAGCUUAUUGAUUUGGCUAAUGGCUUUUUCAUGGUUAAAUUCACUCGGGAAGAAGAUAGGGAAACAGCUCUUAAUGGAGGCCCGUGGAUGCUCUCAGGUCACUAUGUCACAGUUCAUAAAUGGACCCCCCAGUUCAACCCGUUCAAUGAUGUGAUUGAAAACACUAUGGUUUGGAUUCGAUUUUCAGGGCUGAAUCUCGCUAUGUUUGAUGAGAACAUAAUGUUCUGCCUGGCAUCUAUGGUGGGAACUCCAGUAAAGGUUGAUCUCAACACCUCCACGGUUGAAAGGGGUAAAUAUGCUCGAGCAUGUGUUCAGAUUGAUUUGAAUCAGCCUGUUGUUGGCCAGGUGGGGUUCCAGGGGAUUUGGUACAAGGUUGAGUACGAGGGGCUCUAUCUAUUAUGCCCCCUUUGUGGACGAUAUGGACACAAUCGAAACACUUGUUCCUUUGUUAAGCCAGUGGACUCUGCGGGCCAGUCGACUUCGCUUGACAAGGGUAAAUCUAUUGUUAAUGAUCUUGACAUGAAACCCCCAGAUGAACUACAUGGGGAUUGGCUCGUGGAACAAAAAAGAAGGAGAAGAGGGAGACCGAACAAAAAUGUGGGAAACGGUGAGACGUCUUCUCCAGAUAGGGUUGCCCACAAGGUGACAAAUAUGGCUAAUCCUAACCCACAGACUAAGGCUAAGGUACACCCUGUUAUCUCAAACCACUCCAAAAAAGAGGGGACGGGAGGCUAUCGAAAGGGCACCAAAACUCCACAGUUGCCAUUGGUAGAAGUUGAAACGAACCACGCCUCUGCUAAAAAGAGACGCCAUGCAGUUUUGUCCAAGGGGAACAGUUCUAAGCAGCCCCAAGAAGUUGAUUCAAUAUCUCGGGGGAUUAUUCACGCUAACAGGUUCGAGUACCUCGAUCCGACGACAAUGGGCACGAGUGGGGAUAUGGUUAUGGAAGUCGAAGCUAUCAAGGCAGGGCGGGAAAUGGAAGCCCAUACCAGACCUCCUGAUACUAAUUCGGUUGACCGGAAUUAA